CCUGAGUCUCGACUGAACCCCAUCUCGUGGGUAGCGGACUAACUUCUCUUCGUCGACGAACAAGCAUUCCACCCUCUGUCCGACGCCAUCCACCGUUGUCAGCCCUGUGUGCUUGUUCUCGGUCCGGUGAUCUCUCUUGACUAGAGCUUCAAACCUUCAAAAGGCUAUUGAAAGCCUUGAAUCGAGAUCGCUCCUUUACUGUCUGGUGCAAUGGUUUAUAUUAGCGCAUGGGAUGAGUUUGUUGAGCGAUCCAUUCAGUUGUUCCGGGCAGAUCCUGAAUCUACGCGGUAUGUCAUGAAGUACAGACAUUGUGACGGCAAGUUGGUACUUAAAGUUACUGAUAAUCGUGAGUGUCUGAAGUUUAAGACAGAUCAGGCGCAAGAAGCCAAGAAGAUGGAAAAACUUAAUAAUAUAUUCUUUGCUUUGAUGGCUCGCGGUCCUGAUGUGGAUAUAUCAGAAGUCACUGGGAAAGAUCAAAUGGAUGCACAACCCACCAAGAAAGGAAGAGGGAGGAGGCAAUGACUUUGGCUUUUUUUCACAUCGAUAUGAUAUUUUAUGAAUCGCAGGACCUUUGUAUGAUCUUGAAUAGUUUUCUAUUUUUGGCCCAAAAAAAAAAAAGAAUACUUUUCUAUUUGCCCCCACCAGUCUUGGCUCUCACAAAUCUUGAUUGUGGACGUCAAUCAAAAUUCAUUGCAAAUCCCAUUUUGCUUUCAAUGCCCGCCUUAAGUUGGUUGAUUCAUGCAUGCUGCGGUAUUUGAAUCCUUGCUUUGACUAUGUGGCUUUUAUGUGCUUGAGGUCUGCUUCUCUAUCAAAGCAUAGCUUAUAAAGGCGAAUUCUGAGCU